UUUUCGUCACGACAUAAACAAAAAUGGUGGCCAUCGAAAACAAACUGCUGCUCUUAUGCAGCGCAAUCUUAUUUGUGUCUGUCGCUUCAGCGUCCUCUUUGUUAGAACACAUUCUAACUGAUGUUGAUCCCUGUGAAAAUGUCUGUCAAAAGACCUAUCCAUCUCAUACAUACGAAAAGAGCACCUCCGCAGGCUGCUGUUUGAGAGGCUGUCGUUUAUACUCCAUCAUCGAACUUGUGGGAGAGGAGGAUGGCGUGAAUGGUACCGUCAAGGCUUGUCAUGAAAAUUGCAAAGAUGCUUAUCAAAGUGAAGAGGAGGGAUCCAUGGCCUGUUCUCUAGGGUGUGACAGUCAAGUCCCUGUAGCAGACAAAUGGGGGCAGAUGCCGUCCAUGGAGGGUGGCGACCCAGACCAGAGUAUCGCGGGCAUGAUGUACCCACUGAUGUACAUGCACAACGUGUACAGCAACAUGGUGGACAAAGUGACGCAGCACAUGUCCGUGUCCUGGUCCUUCUUCAUGCAGGACGGCACCGGCCGCCUGGUGGUCAUCAAGUCGCACCCGCAGGUCGUAGAUCUGGACGUGCAAGAUUUUGACGACUACUCCACCUUCAAGGGCACCAGCAGCGGCGUUGAGACAAACAUCGAGGCCUCGGACAACACCGCCACAGAGAUGCUCCGGCACUCACAGAUGAAGUCUGUGCGCAGUUUUGGAGAUGAAAUGAAUGCUGCGAGGGCGUACCCGUGGUCGAGUACCGAAGACAGCAACAACAGUGAUUGGCUGUCCUGUAUCGCCCGCAAGACGGGAAUCCCACGACUCCUUCUGUGCAUCAUCAUUCUCCUCAGUGCCAUCGCCAUGAUCUGGCUGUGUAUGUCCGCAGCGGUCACAGCCCCAGAGCAGAGGUUCCCGCAGAAACUAAGCAUCAACGGGGACUUGGAAUACUUACGACAUCUUCGAGAGAAGAAAGGCAUCAGGGGAGUUCAUCCUCAGGAUUUUGUUGAAGCGAGACCUUUGCCUGUGAAAAUACGCAUUGAGCAGGUGUAACUGUAUAACAAAGUGUGUAUUCCUGGGGUGAAAAUUGUAAUUUCGGGUUCAUUUUUUCAUCCGAUUGGUUUCUUUAGAUAUUUUUUUAUGCGCAGAUUCUCUGUAGAUGAGUUAUGCACUUAAUCAAGUUGAAUAUUGUCAUUUGCAUUCACUUUUUUCAUCACUGGGCAGGAAAAAAUUUUGCUUUUGUUUUUAAUCUCAAAUGUUCUUGUUUGACUGGGUUUGAUGUUCCACUGGGUUUUGUAAUGAGAAGCUUUGAACUAUGUCGGGGAAGUCAAUGAUCCUCCCGUUACGUACAUCAGGAAAAACUGGUGUCAUUUUUAUUGUCUCCUGUGUUCUAUUUCACAUCUCAUGUACUCAAUCAUUACAUUGACUGAUGUGUAUAAAUGUAGAUUUUGCUCUACUACCUUCUCUAUCUUGUCUGUCUCUCCAGCCCUCUUCUCUUUCCUGUUGUCUUUUUCUGGUAAGAUCCUUCGAGUGAAUUGUGUCAUUUGAAGAUCUUGUGGUGUCUUUUUGAGAUUUUCCUUCACAAUAUUGCUUUUUGAUUCAUGUUUUUUGUUAGCAUGCACGUGUGGUUGGUGGAAACAUUAUGAUAUAAAAAUAGAAUUCAGUUUCAUGAAUGUCUGUUAAACAGUUGUCAGGAGUAGCUGCAGACAACUCAACAGCCAAAGAAUGGGUGACUUUACAUCUGCAAUUUUAACCCAAAAAAUGGAAAAGCUGGCAAAAUCAUUAAUUGACAACGUCUUUGAAAUUCAGUCUGUCUGCAACGUCUUUGAAAUUCAGUCUGUCUGCAAUGUUUUAUUUUUUUAAUAUAUAGUAAGCUUUAGUCGUAUGUAUAGUGCAGUCCAAGUGAAUAUUUUGCUUGAGAAGUCAUAAAGAUUAAGUGGGCAAAUGCUAUGUAUUUGGUAUAUUUAAUUGAAUUGCUAUUGUCUUUGUUCCUUCUCUGGGUGUCUUAGACGUUUUCUGUCUUUUUGUCAUUACAUGGGUCUUUGCUUUACUUUUCCGAUCCAGCGGCCAUUUGGGUUCUAGCCCUUUGGUCUGUCGAUAUGGCAAAGAAUUGACAGGUUUUAAUCAGCUGUAAUUACAUGGGUCUUUGAAAUGAUUGGUUUUGGACCUGAAGAAAUGGAAUAUGUUUUAUUUUAUUUUUUCGGACAUUGUACUAUUCUAUGACUAUGAAGGGUGUCUCUGAAAGUGCGAAAGGUAUGAAGACUGAUCGGAACAGUCGAAGUACUUGUUGUAGCAGAGUGUGGUGCCUCUAUCUUGUGUGGCCAUUUUGACAAAGAUUUACUUUUACUCUAUUUAUAUUUGCUGUUGUGAAAAAGAUUUCAUUUUUGAUAUUGGCUAGGAGUUCCAAGUUCUGUCAAUAAGAUAAUAUGUUUAAAAAAAUUAUUUUGUCAAAGUUUGUAUAUGGCUUGCUGUUUCUUUUCACUGGGGAUUAAGAUCUGCAUCAAAAAGUAUAAAGUUAAGCUUUAAUGUUCCUGGGUUCAUGUGGUGCUACUUUGUUUGGGAAAAACAUUUCCUCUGUCUUUGUGGGCUAAUAUAAACUCUUUGCAGUUGGGCAGAUUCUAAGGAAAGGUGAACUUUGACCUUUUACCCGACUUUUUUGUCUUUGGUUAAAUGAAUUUUUUCGUGUCGGCGAUAUCCUAAUGCUUUCACAUGCUUAAGAUGAUCUCUUGCCCAGAUCUCUAAAAUCUCGUGUCUCUUAAUGAAAUAUCCAAAACCACCGUUAAAGCUGUCAGUCCGACAUCAAAGAAUAAAUUCCAGUAAUUAAUUAUGAUGUGAGGCGAGUGGUGACUACGGUAACCAAACAUCUCCCAUGUUGGAAGACAGCAUUAAUUUUCAAUUAAUUGUUUUUUCUCUUUUAGUUUUCUACGUAGGCUAUAUGAUAGCAUCAAUAAGCGAAUGGUGUCUUCUCUUUUAGUUUUCUAUGUAGGCUAUAUGAUAGCAUCAAUUAUUGAAUGGUGUCUUUUCUUUCAGUUUUCUACGUAGGCUAUAUGAUAGCAUCAAUUAUCGAAUGGUGUCUUCUCUUUUCGUUUUCUACGUAGGCUAUAUGAUAGCAUCAAUUAUCGAAUGGUGUCUUCUCUUUUCGUUUUCUACGUAGGCUAUAUGAUAGCAUCAAAAUCGAAUGGUUUCUUCUCUUUUAGUUUUCUCCGUGGGCUAUCGUGGUAGAUUAUCACAAUGUCUGUAGUUCUGUGUACGGUGCUUUGAGAGACCGUUUCCACCAAUAACUGGGCUGUGAUGUAGAAGUUGGUGUACUUUCUGUGUUGUAUAGAAUGAGGGGUUUCAUUUGUUGAUUCUUUAUUCACACAAGCUGGUGAGAAUAAAGGUGUGGUUUACA